AUGGAGCCGCGGAGGAAGAGGCGGGGGCUGCAACGAGCAGCCAGGAAGAGACGGAGACCCAGGGAGGCAGCCCCCGGAGUCUGCACCAUGAGCGCCUCGGACCCCCGCAGUGGGGACUUCUCGGCCCCAGCGGAUGCUGGACAAAAUGUGACAGAAGUGGAUGCCUUAAUUAAAAGUGACUUACUUGAUCCAGAAGAAAGGUACAAAAUGGAUCACAAGAGGAGAGGCAUAGCUUUGAUCUUCAAUCACGAGCGAUUCUUCUGGCACUUGACUUUGCCAGAAAGGCGUGGCACCAGGGCGGACAGAGAGAACCUUAAACUAAGGCUUUCAAAACUGGGAUUUGAAGUGAAUUGCUUUGAUGAUCUUAAAGCUGAAGACCUGCUAAUGACCAUUCAUAAGGUGUCCGCCUCUAGCCACAUGGAUGCUGACUGCUUCUUGUGUGUGUUCCUGACUCAUGGUGAAGGAAAUCACAUCUAUGCCUACGAUGCCAAAAUUGAUAUUCAGAAGCUGACCGCCAUGUUUAAAGGAGACAGAUGUCAGAGCUUGGUUGGGAAGCCUAAGAUAUUCAUCAUUCAGGCGUGUCGGGGAGACCAGCAUGAUGUACCAGUCAAGCCGUUAGAUGUGGUUGAUCAUCAGACUGACGAGGCGGAUGUCAAUGAAACAGAAAUAGAUGCUGCAUCCAUUUACACUCUCCCUGCCGGAGCCGACUUCCUCAUGUGCUACUCUGUUGCAGAAGGUUAUUAUUCUCACCGUGAAACAGUGAAUGGCUCCUGGUACAUUCAAGACUUGUGCGAGAUGCUGGGAAGAUACGGCUCCUCCCUAGAGUUUACAGAACUUCUCACGCUGGUGAACAGGAAGGUUUCUCAACGCCGAGUGGAUUUCUGCAAGGACCCAGAAGCCAUUGGGAAAAAGCAGGUUCCAUGUUUUGCCUCCAUGCUGACCAAAAAGCUUUUUCUCCUUCCAAAGUCUAUCUAAUGUCGGGUGGCCUCAUGUUUUGGAGGUACGAUCUCCUCCCCACUUUUUUUUUUGUACAAUUAACAUCUUGGGAUCCAGUGCCUUUAAACUUUUUUAAUCAGAUGCCCAUUCUGGGACAGAACCUCACUGCUCAGCGGCAGAGUUUUCAGUGGGGAUCUGUAACAGUUUUACCCAAAAAUGGUACUUCCAUUAAUGUUCAUUUUUAGAGCUUUGGUUCUAUUUGCUAAUUAGUGUGUUGACAGCCUUCUCAGGGAAUAUCAGGGAAUCACCUUCCAAAGAGUUUGUGAAUAAUUGAUACAUUCUAUCAAUCGGUAGCUAUCCAAAUUAGCAGGUGGUUCUAAUUUGUACUUGUGAUAUCUUUGUUUCUUGACUAAAGUCUGUUUUCUAAUAUUCAUUCAUAGAUUUUUUAGAUCCUUGAGUGAAAAAUAAAAACCAGCAAGUCAUUUUCCACUAACAUUUCAAUUUAAAGGGAACACUUUUAUCUUCUCUGGGACUUUUUGUAUGUUUUAUAUAAGACAUUUAAAAAAAACAAACAUUCUAGUUCAAAUCUAGCCUCAGAUACAUAACACUAGCUGUGUGACCCUGGGCAAGUCACUUAACCCCACUGCCUGGCCUCCCCCCCUGCCAAAAAACCCCACAUUCUUAUUUAAAUCUCCAUGGUGUCUCAUAAAUGUAUAAUAACCACCAACACCCCUAUCUCUCUCCCCCCUCCCCAGCUUAUAUACAUACUUUCCAAUAAGUGGAAACUUGCCUUGUCCAGACUUAAAGCUUGUGCCCACAACCCAUCAGAUGGCAUUAUCAUUCUGCCUUCCUUUUUGCCCCUCUCCCUGCCAAACCCCUUGGCUGCCCAACAUUCUACUGCUGAGACUGCUAGGGGGACUCCAUCUCCAGCCAAGACCUUUUUAUUUUAUGACAUCAUUCCUAUGGUACCCACUUCCUGCUUUCAUGUUGUUUCAUCUGUGAUCCUAUUUGAGUGUAACGAAUUUGUAAUUAUAUAGACAAGGUUUGUCUAUAAGUAAGUUCUAUUCUCAGAUUCUAAAUUGUCAAUUAAUCAUUGACAGAUUAAAUAUGACCUAUCUUGCAGAAGACUUUCAUCAUUCUAACUCCCCUCCCCAGACUUUCAUAGUUGAUGUGCUGCAAAUUUUAAAUGAAUCUUUGAAAUUUUAGUGUUGCAAAUUGGUAAAUUUUUAAGAUUCCUUUUCCCUUAGGAUUUUCUUAAAAUUAGACCUUUUAAAAAAUUUCUUUAGAUAAAUCACUAUUUAGUGAUUUAGUAAUUUAGUGAUCACUUCUUUAGGUGGCCAUGCUAAUACUGGUUUCAUUCAUAGAUUAUCAAGUUAAUGAAUAUAUAUAUAUAUAGAUAUAGAUAUAUAUAUCUAUAUAUAGAUAUAGAUAUAUGUAUAUUUUUCAAGGGCUCUGAACCUUAAAGUGCUAUGCAAAACCAGCAACCUUAUUGCCAGAGGCUGAAGAUGAUUCAUUUUGGUUUCUUAUAAUGUAGUUAAAUAUUUAAGCAGUAAUUUUCAUUAUUAUUCCAAUUGGUUAUUUCCUGGGAUAGGCUCUCCCAGAUGGCAUUUAGGCACAUACCUAAUGGUCAGUGAGAUUCUUGUCCUCCCUCUAGACCCAGUGGUUGGUGAGAUUUGCUGGGUGGUUACCGGCAGCCAAAAUGUUUCUGCCCCUCUCUUAAUCUUAACUCCCCACCUCCUCUUCUCCCCCUCUCCAUUGACCCUGUCCCAAAGAGGCAACACCACAGAAUGUUCUACUUGGUGUACAGACUGUGAACAAUUUCCUGGGCUUUUGGGCAGAUGUUAUACAAUUCUGAUUGUCUCAGAGAAAUUAAAUGCUUUAACCACAGUACUGUCAUCCUAUCUUAAAUGUGAUUAUUUUAAUAAUUUUUUAUAGUAAUGUACCCUAAGCUCAGUUGCUAUAAUAAGGACUGAGCUUUGGAAACAAUAUGGAUGGACUAAAUUUUGUUUACAUUUAUUACAUUGUUUUGAUAAUAAUUCGGUGCUUUUGUAAUAAAAAAUUAUAUAAUUGCA